CAUGAGAAUUUCUGAUAAGGAAACCAUACCAGACCUGUGGUCCACAGCCCUUUCUUUCUCCCACGUUGGAGCUAUAAAAGCAGGAACCAGGACAGGAACACACCAGAAGCUCACCCAGGCUGCACCACUGGCAAAAUGCAGGCCCUACUGUUCCUGGUGGCACUUCUCUUGCCUUCUGGAGCUGGAGCUGAGGAGAUUAUUGGUGGUGUUCAGUCUGAAGCACAUUCCCGCCCUUACAUGGCACAUCUGACGAUCUUCCGUGAGAAACGUUACGCCUGUGGUGGGUUUCUCAUCACCCGCCAAUUUGUGUUGACUGCUGCACACUGUAGAGGAAGAGAAAUCAUUGUCACCCUUGGAGCUCACAAUGUGAACAAGAGAGAACCCACACAGCAGAAAAUAAAAGUUGAAAAACAAAUCAUUCACCCAAAGUACAAUUCCUCUUCUUAUCUCAAUGAUAUCAUGUUACUGAAGCUUCAAAAGAAAGCAGUGUUGACUCGUGCUGUGAAUGUAAUUCCCCUGCCUAGACCCUCUGACUUUAUCAAGCCUGAGAAGAUAUGCUUGGCAGCUGGAUGGGGGAGAACUGGAGUGAAUGAAGCUAUGUCAGCUACCCUGAGAGAGGUUAAACUGAGGAUCAUGGAUAAAAAUGCCUGUAAAUACUAUCGGCAUUAUGACAACAGUAUCCAGGUCUGCGUGGGCAGUCCCAGUACAUUAAAAUCAACAUACGAGGGAGACUCUGGGGGACCUCUAGUGUGUGCUGGUGUGGCCCAUGGCAUUGUAUCUUAUGGGGUUGAAGGUGCAAAGCCCCCUGCAGUCUUCACCCGAAUCUCCUCAUACAUGCGCUGGAUUAAUACUGUCUUAAAGGGCAAGUAGUUGAAAAGCCUGACCUGCAUGAGUCAGACUCUCCAAGCUUGAGCUCAUCUGGUGCUUCUUGAGUUCAAUACAACCUGUCCUCAGCCUGUCCCCAGCCUGUUCCCAGUGUGUGCAAGACCUACUCAAGAUACACAAGUCUGGGAUGAUGGAUUGUUCUCUGUAAUGCACCUCAAUAAAACAUAACCUCUUGUA